ACAUCUUCUACAUAGUCUAAAAAGAUGCCGGAGUUGGGGAACCUUGUUGCUUUCUUUGAUUUCAAAGACGGUAGGGAUGGGUUGCUGCAUUUCAGUGGAAUGACAGCGUUGUCUGAGACGCUGUCAGUUAUUACUCGACGCCGGUUUUGCGUUCAAGCUACUGAUAACACUGGUAAACCAGCAAGUACCACUCCAGCUCGGGACAAAAACAAACCUACAUUAGAUAGAUAUUACAAGUCUGUCUACUUUAUCCUCCACGACAAAUUCUGGAUUGGCCACGGCCUAGUCAAUUCUGAUUGGCCAAAGUUGGAAGAAGAAUUUAAUCAUAUUGGGAAACCAUCUCCUAAGCCCAAAGGAAUAAUUGAUACAGUUCCCUUCAUUUCGUCUGGGACCAAGCUGGCCCAACUUGCUGUACUCUUUGGCUUGGGUGAGCCAUCAGUUGGGUACUAUAACAAUUGCGAAGAAAAUUACGAUGCUAUCAAGCAAUGCAGAGACGCGAUGCCAAUUUUAGAUAUGGAGAAGGAGAAGGAUAUGGGGAGUAAUAUCUAUCCCAUGAUUUCUCAUCUGAGGAAAUUUCAGCAGCCACCAGAAAAAGCAACAACUAAAUCAGCAAGGGGUAGUGAACCAAGAAAAAGUCAAAAACUGGAGGGAAAAGAGAAUCCCCCUCGGAAAUCUUUAGCUGAAUCUCCAUCUUCUCUAGAAGAGAGAUUGUUGGUCGCGAUGAAGAUGGAGGGCCGUGUUACUUUCUUCGAUUUCAAAAAAGGUAGUAACGGGUUGCUGCAUUUCGGUGGAAUGGAAGUGACUUCCAAGACGCUGGUAGUUAUUACUGAAACCAGGUUUUGCGUUCAAGCUACUCAGAUAAAUGGUAGACCUGCAAGAAACACUCCAGCUUGGUUAAAAAAUGAACCUACAUUAUCUGAAUCCUACGACUUUGUCUACUAUAUGCUCCACAACAAAACCUUGAUUGGCCACGACCUGCGCAAAUCCGAUUUUCCAAUGUUGGAAAAAGAAUGUAAGCAUAUUGGGAAAUCACCACCUAGGCCCAAAGAAAUAAUUGAUACUGUUCCCUUCAUUUCGUCCGGGUCCAAGCUGGGCAAACUUGCUGUACUCCUUGGUUUGGGUAAGCCAGCAGCACGGCUGGACUGUAGGAAUUGCCAAGUCAAUUAUAAUGCUAUCAAGAAAUGCAGAGACGCGAUGCCAAUUUUAGAUGUGGAGAUCGAGCAGGAUAAGGAGAGUAAUAUGCAUCCCAUGAUUUCUCUUAUUAAGAAAUAUCAGCAGCCACCAGAAGAAGAAACAACUAAAAGGAAAAGUCCUCAAGGAAAAGUCAAAGAUGGGGGAGUAAGGAAAAGUCUAAGACUUAAGGAGGCAAGUCAGAGACUGAAGAAGAAGUCGAUGUAACUUUCUUGACUCAGUUAGCUUCAAAUACAUUAUCAGGUUUCGG